AUGGUCUCAACAAGGCAUCAUCCACGUCCGUUCCCCGAGCCUGCGACGCCCACCCCAUCCUCAAGACCUAAUGCGGCAGACUCGGUCCCUAAAUCCUCGAUGACCGUGUCUCUGCCGAGCCCUCGCAGACACCGAUUGAAUCGAUCCUCAACAGCGAAACAAGCGCCCUCAUCACGCAGCGCCUAUGCGCAUAAAAUUCCUCCCCUGCUCAUAAUAUGGCUGUGCGUUUCUCUUCCACUGGUGCUGUGGGAUACGGGGUACGUCUUUCUUCGGCCGCACUCGAUGCCGGGCGGAAAGCUGCACUGGCCAUUAUGGGUCCCGUACAGUGUUUAUUGCACAGUGGAUUACACAUACGGCUGGCCGGCAUACAACGGGCAUGUCGGGUUCACAGCAGCACAGGCAACCUUGAAUGCCGUCGAGACAGCCAUGUAUAUCUACUAUUGGACAAUCAUUGUCAGCAAUGCCGACGAGGGGUUUUUUAGCUUUGUCGAUAUGAAUGAGUUCUUGACAGGGUCUAGCGAUAGGGCCGUCAGUGGGCCGGGCGUGGGGACCGCUGUCGUUGUCCUGUUUUCUGCGGCAGUGAUGACGCUGAGCAAAACCGUACUAUACUGGCUUAACGAGUAUUUUUCGAAUUUUGUCAAUAUCGGGCACAACACAGUAGCCAACUUGAUCUGGUUGUGGGUGAUUCCAAAUGGCCUCUGGCUCGUCUUCCCAAUCUACAUGAUAUAUGUGCUUGGAAGAGAAAUCGUUUCACACAUGGAUGGCUCUGGACAUGAGAAAGAGGAAUGA